AUGUCAGAUCGCAAAGGGAAAAAACGCUCAAAAUCCCGAUCCAGAUCCCGAGAACGACGCAAGCGUCAUAGAGAUGAAAAAAUAGAUGAGUUGGAAAACCGCGUGAUUAACCUAACAAAGGUGGUCACGGACCUCGUCAACAUUCAAAAAGAGCAAAUAGCUUCGAAAAAUUCUCAACAAGAGAAUUCUUUAGCUAAAGAUAAUAAUGAUCUUGAGAAUAAGGAGAACACAGACAAGACAAACAGUCUAGUGGAAACAGUGACGCUGUCAGACGAGGCUAACGGAAAAAUAGAUCCUACCACCGAGGCAGAAUCAUCAAGGGAUGAUAUUUUAAAAAUUUUGGGCUUUGAUGCCAAAGAUUCCACAUUUAAAGAUGUAAAGCAUCACCCAGAACUCAAAGAAACCUGGCUGGAGUGGAAAAAGAAAGGGCUGCCUGAGAAAAAUAAAAAAGAAAUUCUCCAAUCAUACAAUAGAAAAGGGGAAUUUUAUACAGAAGCUCCCAAGAUAAAUCUUGAGAUUGUACCUCUCUUAUCAGAAAUUGCUAAGAAGAGGGAUCAACAUUUUUUAGAAACACAGAAUUGUGUUGGUACGGCAAUUUCGGCGUUGGGGGCAGCAGUGUCUUUGCUACUAGAUCCUCCAAAAGAAGGCCUGGAUGAGGAUCUAUUUACCACGUACAUCAGUCAUGCAGGCCAGAUUUUAACUGAUGUAUUUUUUCAACAGACAGAAGCCCGAAAAUCUUUUAUUACUCCUCAGCUGAAUAAAAAUAUCAAGCCAGUGGUGGAUUCUAUGAUCUCCAAUGAAUGGCUCUAUGGAGACAAGUUAAAAGAAAGCGUCAAGGAUGCCAAGGAAAUUGAGAAAGCCUGCGCCGAUAUUAAGGAGAAGACUCCUCUGAAACCGUCUCAAAAAUUUCAGGGUUCGGGAAACUCCAAGUACCCACCGGCGGCUUACCGUCCGGUGGGUCAACAACAGAGACGCUUCAUGAAAUUCAAGCCGAAGUCGAACAAGACGCAGCGUAAGAUGUACAAAAUACGAAAAUUUGCUGAACUAUUGGGGGUGUUGACAUCUGCUUGUCCAGCCGUAGCUUACGGUUUUAUUCAUUGUAAACGCCUAGAAAGACAAAAAUUUCUAGCUUUAAAAUUUAACGGCGGUAAUUAUGAGAGAAAAAUACUAAUAACCGAUUCGAUGAUGGAAGACCUGGAAGGAGCAAGCUAUACUACUCUCAACACUGCUAGAUCUACGAUAUCUUUAAUAUCAGCUUACGAUAUUAACAAUGAUGGCCUGAUAUCACGUUUCUUAAAAAGUGUAUUUAAACAAAGACCAUCCAAACCAAAAUAUAAUUCAACAUGGGAUGUGGUCCCGGUGCUGAAAUAUAUAGAAAAAAUGCAUCCUCUUAGUCAAUUUAAAUUGAAAGAAGCUGCUGAAAAAGUAGCAACCUUGUUGGCAUUAACUACAGCUCAAAGACUUCAAACUCUAGCAUUGGUGAGAAUAGAGAAUAUAGAGAGAACAAAAACUGAGAUAAAAAUAAAAAUUACGGAGCUAACAAAAACAACAAAACCUGGAUCUGUAUAUCCGGAACUUGUAUUGCCAUUCUACACAGAUAGACCAGGGCUCUGUGUGGCAUCAGCAGUUUUGGAUUAUAUUGAUAUUACUAAAGAAUUAAGAAGUAGUGAGACGAAGACUUUAUUUAUUGGAUCUACAAAACCAUACGGACCAGCCUCAUCACAAACCAUCGGCCACUGGAUAAAGUCACUCCUGGGAAAGGCAGGAGUAGAUACAAAUCAAUUUAGUGCAUACAGCACACGACAUGCAGCGGUUUCAACUGCUCACAAACGGGGUGUGGACAUUUCGACAAUACGACGAUGCGCUGGUUGGACACCAAAUUCUCAGACCUUUUUUAAAUUUUAUAAUAAGCCCAUUCAGACUCCUAAUAGUCAAUUUGCACGGGCAAUUUUGGAAAAAAUCUAA